ACACUGCUCAGUAAAGGAAACAGCCAGGUUUACAGACCUCUUCUGAGAACAUGGCACAGCCACUGCAGUGGGUCAGAUAUCGCUGGCACCGCCUGAUAGCCCGAAAAGGGAGAAAGGAUGGCGAUACCAGAAGAGAACCCUUCUUCCCAGGAGGCAAAGGGCUCCAGCAGCAGUCCAAGACAGUCAGCAAGCACAGACUUGUUAUACCACACCUGGAGCAUUUUGAAGAAGAAUACGAAAAAGUGUCAAAGCAUUAUAAGAACAACAGAAUACGAACUACCAAGUACACAUUAUGGAAUUUUAUACCAAAGAACUUGUUUGAACAGUUUCACAGAGUUGCCAAUUUAUACUUCCUAUUUAUAGCUGUGCUAAACUGGAUUCCUGUGGUUGAAGCCUUUCAGAAGGAAAUCACAAUGAUACCUCUCCUGGUGGUUCUCGUCAUCAUUGCAGUGAAAGAUGGCGUGGAGGAUUACGCAAAAUACAAGUUAGACAAAAAGCUAAACAAUUUAUUGGCACAAGUCUACUGUAGACGUGAAAGAGCAUACGUAGACAGAUUCUGGAAAAAUGUGACUGUUGGAGAUAUUAUCCGAUUGUCCUGUAACGAGGAAAUCCCUGCCGACAUGGUGCUGAUAUAUUCCACGGAUGCAGACGGAACCUGCUACAUUGAAACGUCCAGCCUUGAUGGAGAGACCAAUUUGAAGCAGAGGCAGGUGGCGAGAGGAUUUGGAAAUCAGGAGUGUGAAAUUGAUCCAGGACAAUUCUCAAGUAAAAUAGAAUGUGAGAGCCCUAACAAUGACCUCAACAGCUUCCGGGGCUUUCUGGAGCAUUCGAAUCAGGAGCACGUGGGCCUGAGUAAGGAGAACUUGCUCCUACGAGGAUGCACGAUCCGAAACACGGAAGCUGUUGUUGGCAUUGUGGUGUAUGCAGGUCAUGAAACCAAAGCGAUGCUGAACAAUAUGGGGCCUCGUCACAAGCGGAGCAGACUUGAGAAGAGGGUGAACGGCCAUAUCUUGUGGUGUGUCCUGCUUCUGAUAGUGAUGUGUUCUAUAGCGGCUGUGGUUGUGAAAUUGGGACAAAUCUAUUUAAUCCAGAAUGACAUAGAUUUUUACAAUGAAAAGACAGACUCUACGAUCAAGUGUACAGCGCUGAAUAUUGCUGAAGACCUUGGGCAGAUCAAGUAUAUUUUUUCAGACAAGACCGGGACGCUCACAGAGAACAAAAUGGUUUUCCGGAGGUGUAGCAUAGCAGGGCAGGAGUACGGACAUGAAGAAAACGCUAAGAGGCUAAAGCUAUAUCAAGACAAUGAUAUAGAAGAGGAGGACCUGCCACUUUCCUCACAUAGUUCGAGGCAGUUUUCGAGAGUGAAGAUGUCUGAGAUAAAAACAUUUCUGAGCAGCAAGUCCUCGCACCAGGCUCACGGAAGCAGUUUUGGAAUGGGAUCGUGCCCCAUGAGGCAACUGGCCUUUAGCAGCCCCAUUGAGACUGAUGUUGUACCAGACAUACUGCUAAUGCAGAAAUGUAGUCGAAUCUCUUACAAUGUGUAUGAACGCUCCAUGGGGGAGCACAUGACCUCGGAGGCAGUGUACAUCACUGAGUUUUUCAUCGCUCUGGCGAUUUGCAACACCGUCAUCGUUUCAACACCUACUCAAGCGAGUCAAAAGUUAUUAAUUCACGGUGUUUCUUCUAUUCUGUCUUCUAAAUCUCAGCUGUGCUACGAGGCGGAGAGUCCUGACGAAGCAGCCCUGGUCCAUGCGGCCAGAGCAUAUUCGUGCACCUUAACAUCAAGGAGUCCUGAUCAGGUUACAGUAGACUUUGCUCCUUUAGGAACUUUAACAUUUCAGUUGUUGCACAUCCUGCCUUUUGACUCCUUACGGAAACGGAUGUCAGUGGUGGUUAGGCACCCUAUCUUGAAACAGGUUGUGGUGUACACGAAAGGGGCGGAUUCCGCCAUAAUGGAUUUGCUGGAGCCGGAACCCACAGGUAUUAGCAUGCUUGAUAUACAAAAGCAGAGAAUCAGGGAAAAAACUCAGAGACAUAUAGAUGAAUAUGCCCGAAAAGGCCUGCGCACUCUCUGUAUCGCUUCAAAGGUAAUGAGCGACUUGGAGUAUGAGGUGUGGUUAAAGGAGCACUGCAGAGCUGAAAGCGACAUAGAUUCAAGGGAGGAACUGCUCCUGGAGUCCGCCUUGAGGCUUGAGAACAAUUUAACUUUGCUCGGGGCUACUGGUGUUGAAGAUCGCUUGCAAGAGGGUGUUCCAGACACUAUAGCGUCCCUCAGAAGAGCUGGGAUCACCAUUUGGAUGCUGACGGGUGAUAAACAUGAGACUGCGGUGAACGUGGCCCACGCCUGUAGAUUGCUGGAACCAUUUGACAGGCUCUUCACUCUCAAGGCUGUCAAUCAGGAUGCCUGUGGACAGCUGAUAGACAACAUCUUAGAAGAAAUGAAGAUCUGUCUCUGUCCCAAAGAAAGCCAUGUCGCAGACCUUUUGAACAUCCCCAGAGCUUCAGUUGGCAACAUCCCCCAGCCCAACAUUGGCCUAAUUAUAGAUGGACCAACCUUAGACUUUGCCUUGCAUGAAACUGCAUGCCACAGAUUCCUGCAGCUCACAGUACGGGUGCGAGCUGUCAUCUACUGCAGAGCAACCCCCUUGCAAAAGAGCCACCUGGUGAAGCUGGUGAGAAAGGAGCUCAAAGUGAUGACUCUGGCUAUAGGUGAUGGUGCCAAUGACGUCAGCAUGAUCCAGGUUGCUGAUGUGGGAAUUGGAAUUUCUGGCCAAGAAGGCAUGCAGGCUGUGAUGGCAAGUGAUUUUGCAGUUUCUCAGUUCAAACACCUCAACAAACUGCUGCUUGUUCACGGCCACUGGUGUUACCAUCGACUGGCCAACAUGGUCCUUUAUUUUUUCUACAAGAAUUUGGCAUACAUAGGCAUCCUGUUCUGGUAUCAGUUCUUCAAUGGGUUUUCAGGAAUAGCCAUGAUUGACCAGUGGAGUCUGGUUUUUUUCAAUCUUCUCUUCACAUCAGUGCCACCCAUCAUUUACGGUGUUUUGGACAAAGAUGUAUCUGCAAACAUCCUUCUCCGCAUACCAGAACUUUACAAGCCUGGUCAGAGAUCUGAGCCUUAUGUAUCCUCAGUCUUCUUCAUCAACUUGAUAGAUGCCAUUUAUCAAAGCCUGGCUUGCUUUUUCAUCUCUUACAUGACAUAUGCUGGUUCUGAUAUAGACAUCUUUUCCUUUGGGGGACCUCUGAACACUUCUAUCUUCUUUAUAAUACUGCUACACCUUCUGAUUGAAAGCAAAUCUGUGAAUUGGAUACAUGAGGUUGCUAUCUUGGGAAGUGUGGCCCUGUAUUUCUUCUUCGCUGUCGUCUUUGGAGCUUCCUGCAUUCUCUGCAACCCACCAGCCAACCCAUACUGGAUCAUGCAGAGGCACCUGGCUGAUCCAAGGUUCUUCUUGGUUUGCAUCAUGUCGACAGUGGUGGCUCUGUUUCCCAGGUAUAUCUUCAGGGUGAUGCAAGGGACCGUUUUUCCUACUCCAUUAAUGAAAGCCAAACGAGUGGAAUGUCAGCGUGCUGAGCCAUGGGAAAGUCAGAUGUGCAGCAAUGAGAUAGCCCAAGAAUGAGUCAGUAUGGUUAUGCCGCCUGCCUAUGAGAGAGGGACCACAACCAGGCAUAUUGCCUGAGGGACGAAGCUGAGGAAGGGCAAGAAGCUGGGUUUAGCCACUGCUGCCACCUCGACCUAUGAGGAGGCCCAGCUGAGUGCCGCAGUGCUAUUGCUUCUAUCAGCCACCCUCCUGCUUUCUAAGCCACUGCCUGGGCCACCAUUUUGUACCCCUCCCCCCUCCACUUGCAGGUCCAGCCUGCAUGGCGUAUCUGGCAAGGAAGAGGCACACAGUUUGGGGGUCCCCCAUGGCAAAGAAAACCUACAACCUGCUCUUCAAGAUGAUACUGAUUUGCAACUCAGGCACCAGCAAGACCUACGUGCUCUUCUGUUCCUCCAACGAUGCCUUCAACACUACCUUCAUCUGCACUGUUGACAUAGAUUUGGAUACGGGGGUGGGGGGGUGGUCAUGGUGUGGUGCUGCACAAAAUGGCUACCUGAACUCUGAGUUAUCUGCUCCCACCUCCUCUAUCAUUGAAGGAGAUAUAUACUUGUGAAGAAAUAUGUGAAUCUGAGCAUGGCAGCUCAAUUGAGAGUCUCUGGGUAAAAAUAAAAGGAGUAAAAAAA